GGUGAGGCCGCGGGAAAGUCCCGCUGGAUGUUCCGGUUCCGUUUAGGUUGUUCUGCGAUGGCAGCCGCCUCUCCUAGCCCACAUGUGCAUGGUCCAAGCUGAACGAUGAUCGAGCCACGGAAUGAGGUGGACGGUCUCGUUCAUCGCCUCCGAUCGCCUGCAGACAACGGGCUCACCGUCGUGGAGGCCCUGACCAAGAUCCGGAAAGGAUUCAUGAGAAAUGACGAUGACGUCCGGGCGUUCAUGGACGCGGGCGGGGUCGAGGCCAUCCUGGGACUCCUGGGGCAUACCAACCAGACGGUCCUGGACGUCUCUCUCAGCAUCCUGGGGAACUGCUGCACCAAUAAGACCUGCAGGUUGAAAGUGAGAGAAACAAAAGGAGCUUUAAAGUCUCUAGUCCUGAUCCUGAAGGAGCUGGCAUGCUCGAGCAUCCAGGCCCGGAUCUGCCGCGUGAUCGGGAACCAGGCGCUGGACGCCCGCAGCGCCGAGUGCUUCCACGAGAGCGGCGUCGUGCCGAUGCUCGUCGCCGCGAUCCACGAGAGCAACUCGGUCGAGGCCAGGAGGAUGGCCGCCCGAGGGUUGAGGAUUCUGGCAGACACGAAAGGUCACAAACAGUCUGUGAUACGCCUAGGCGCAAUCAAGUCCCUCUCCCCGCUCCUCGCAUCCGAAUCGGAGGAUCUCGUGAUCGACGUCCUUCGAACCCUGGUCCACCUGACCGGCGACUGCUCGCCUCAGACUUCCAGCCUCGUGGUAGAGAGCGAGUGCCUUCCUCGGAUCGUUUCUCUCUGCGAGAAGAAGAAUCAGAAGGUGUCUUCGGCGGCACUGUCGGCCGUCUUCGACAUGUCGUCCUCCUCCUCCCUGUGCUUCCCCCUCAAGCAAGCCAGGGCCAUCCCCAUCGUGAUCAAGGAACUCGAGGCGGCCAACACGGGCCAGUCGUCCGGCAAGAUCGUGGCCGUGACGAACACCCUGUGCAACUUCGCCCUGGAACCGGCGUGUCGAUGGACGGUGCAGGAGAAGAACGGCUUGAGCAUGUUCACGUGGAUCCUCAGCGACGACUCGAUGGAAGGCUUGCACGAGAAGGUCGUCUAUGCGCUCCUGCAGUUCACCCACAAUCACGACUCCUUGCGGUAUCUCGUCGUUCUCGGAAUCAUCCCGCUCCUGGUGCGGAUCGUAGAGAAGUGGACCAAGCGAUGCCGUGCGCCACAUGCCGUGGAGGAGGCUCCGGAGGAGAGCACCAGCGACCUCGGAGCGUCGGAGGAGGAGGAGACGUACGUCCAGCGCAUGGAGAGGAUGCUCCAGAACCAGCAUGAAGUGCGGCAGAGGACCAUGCUGAAAUCGUCGAGGUCGUACGACAUCAGCCCGGCCCACCUCAGGCCUCUGUCCCCCAGCCUGUCGUGGGAUUCCAUGUCCCUGGGAUCCCUGUCGCCCAGGGACCGCUCUCCCAGUCCCACGUCGUCGUGCUCCCGCAUGAGCACCUCCCCUCCGUCUUCCCCCAUGAGCAUCUCGCCUCCAUCCUCCCCUCUCUUCUUCUCCAGUCAAGCGAGUCCAGCCAGCGCGAGCGACGGCGAAACGAGCGGAGACGAGAAGCCUCGCGACGCGCUCCCUCGACCGAUCCCGGCGAUCCCGCCGGGGGUCGCAAAGGGCGAGAGGUGGGAGAAGGAACCCCCCGUCAUGAAGCACGCCCUCUCGCUCCUCCUCGGCAUCUCCCACGUGGAGCGGGAGAGGCAGUCCCACCGGCUCGUCACCGGGUCGCACGUCUCCGAGCUCCUUCCCGCUCUCUUCCGCUACCUCACCUCCAUGCCUUCCCCGUCUUCCUUGGCCAUCCGCAUCCUCGUCAAUUUUGCAUCGAGUCCGUUGAACAUGCGGAUGUUCGUGGUGGAGGGGUGGGUGUCGGAGCUGGUGGGGUGGGACUACCCGAUCCACCCGCCGACGGGAUGCCCCGCCUGCUCCAUCCUGGCAGGAUGCCGCUCGGAGGUCCUGGCGGUGCUGUCCUGCCUGUCGGAGAGGGACUACGGGAAGGGGGAGCUGGUGACGAGCCUGGUCAAGGGGAGCGCGGCGGAGCAGGCGGCCACGUGUGCGGCCAUCCCGGCGCUGCUCAGGUCUCGGGGUCUGCUGCAGGAGUUCCUCCUUACCCGCUACAAGGUCCUGGAGCGAGUGUGGGCAUUGCUCAAGGAGACGACAGACAGCACGCUUUUUCGUCAGACGGUGGCUGCCGUGUGCCAGCUCGCGAGGAACGUGGGUGUGUCGGAACCGCUGGCUCUGCUGUCCAAGGAGAUAGCGGUGGUGGGUGGGAGUGGAGGUGAAGGUGAAGGUGGGGGUGGGGGUGGGGCCAGGUCCUGUGCGUUCCGGGAGUCGGAGUGCGACGUGGUGCUGAAGGCGGACGAUGGGUCGGAGGUCGCGGGGAGGAGGUUGGAUCUGGCGAGGAUCUCGCCGGUCAUGAAUGCGAUGCUCAACGGGUUCUUUCGGGAGUCGAAGGAGUCGGUCGUUGGGGUGCCGCACGCGUCGAAGGAGGCGUUGGUUUACGUGGUGCAUCAUUCGGCGGGGUGCGAGGAGUGCGAGGCGGUGCCGGAGCUGUCGAUCUCGAAUGCGGUGCAGCUGCUGGAGGUGUGCGAUCGGUUUUUGUUGAGGGAGCUGCAGGUGACGAUAUUCUUGAGGGUGCUGAGGGGGUUCUUCGACCCGGAGCACCUGUCGGAGCUGUUCCGUCUGAGGCCGAACUUCUGCGUGUUCGUGGGGGAGGAGCACCCGGGCGUGACGCUGGAGCAGUGCGUGCUGCAGCACAUACUGGUGGGGCACCCGAUGAGCUCGUCGGAGCGGGCUCGGGUGUUCGGGGAGUUACUGAGGGACGAGGAGGCGGGGGGGAGGUUCCAGGAGAGGGCGACGGGGCUGUUGGCGCAGCAGAUCGAGUCUCUGCCGUAUUUGAUAUGA